GUCAUUCUUCGCCGACGCCGUUGAGGAUCGCCUGUCGCCUCAAGUGAUCGAAGAUAGCGCCCAUCUCUGGGGCCGUGAACUAACUAUAUCUGCCCAUAGCUAGGGCCUAAGCCAACAACAAAGCGUGGCUUCAUUCUUCCCCUUUGCAUACAACUUAUAUCAUCC